GUUCAGCCGUUCUCGAAAAAAAAAUUUUUUUCGAUUUUUCUUCUCACCCCCAUAACUCCCAUAAAAAUAUUUUUUCAGAUAUAAUCUUUUGGAAAAUUUAAUCUCACAUCAAUGACAACUUAUUGUAAAAAUCUCAUCCAGAUCCUAGCGGGGGCAGCACAUACAUGCUUAUCCUGCUAUACCCUUUGCUUCCGCGAUUUUCUUUGUACCUUCUUUCGUUCGAAUCUGUCUCCGAGUUACUCGAUUCCAUCGCGGGGAGUCGAAUUGCGCCGAUCUCGCAACUAUUCUCGUAAUUCCGACCCGUAAUUCGGGGCUUGUCGAUGAUGUAUUCGGCAAGGUCUGGAAGCGACGUCUCAAUAUAUCGACGCUUUCCCCGGCAGCUCGGAGAUUCCCACAUUAUCCGCUCGAAGAAUUCCGCUUACGCAAAUAUGAACGAGAUCGAUCAUCGGUGUGUGCGUGUGUGUGUGUGCCUUGAAAUUACCACGCGCCGCCGAUCAGAUCGGACGCAUGAUCACGCUCCGUCCGAUGCGAUCCGAUCGCUGCCGGAUUUAUGAGCCCCCCGGGCCUACCGAGCGCAACAAACUCGAAAACAGCUGCGUUUGAAAUUUAGAUCACGCACGCGGUCGGAUGCAAAUUAGGCUUGAUCCCGGCUUUAUGCCGCGAUUGAAUUAUGUUGAGUUAUGUACAUAUAUUUUUGUAAUCACGCGCUCGCUCCGUCCCGGGAGCGAAAAAGUAAAGCGGGACCGACCGAUGGGAAGCCUCCUGCGAGCCGCCGAUCAAUUUGCGCCGUUCAAUUUGCGAGCCCGGCUCGCCGGCAGCUUCAGCCGCGAGUCAGCGGCAAGUUCAUCCCAAAGGGUCAUCCCUUUGAUCCCGGAAGCGAUCGCCGACUCGCUCGCAUCGGGUCGUCCCGCGUUUCCCGUGGGAGAUGAUAUGCGACGCGCGAACGUGUGCCGGAUGCCGGUACCUGGAGCAGGACGACCCGGCGACGAGCCUCGCGGAGUUCCUGGCCGACUGUCAACACGCGAAAUGCAAGGUGGUGCGGCUGGUCCGUCAGCAAAUAAGUAAACUGCAGAACAUGCAGGUAGGGCGCCCGUACGAGCGCUUGCUGGCCGCAGAUGAGGGCCCGCACGUUGGAGCGCGCAACGAGACGCAGAACGACGAAGCGUUCAUGACACCGCACGAAACGUUCUACGGCGAAGUCCACGAGGUGUACGAUGAACUGUACGAGUCGCCUGACGCCGCGUACAAAGUAAGAGUGAAAGCAGAGCAAGCGAACGACGAAGAAACGUACAGAACGCAGAAGGCGGCCGCAACUGCGAGGGAAACUGUUGAAGCGACGAGCGCAACGGGAUGGGUUAUUUUCCAGCAAGCCGUACGUCCGGAGGACGACGCGGUGACCGCACCGUCGCGUCGCGCGGCGCCUCCCGAGAGAGCGGUGGACCGCAAGUUGAUGCUGCGGCUCCUGGAUUGUGUCCGUCAUCGUGCACGUCUGGUACUGGCGGCCGCCACGCUAGGCGUUAUAGCCUGGACCGCCUUGGUGUACGGUGUCUUCCUGGGCGCGACCGCCUGCGGAAGCGGUCGCGGCUGCUACGCGUCCUCUUUCAGAUACGCGCACGCUAAGCGCUCGCUAUUUUAACGACCUGUGUCUGUGUCAUUCGCGUCCACAAAUAGUGAUUAAAGUCAAUCUUAAUUUCCUCUCUUUCUGUGUCAAUUCUAUAUAAGAAGACUUUUGUAACUUUGGACUAAUUUAAAAAAAAGGAAUAAUAUUUCUGGAAAAAAGUAUCCUUUAA